AUGUUAGAUUUCCUCAACCUGAAGAAAAGUGACUACUUGUGUGAAUUAUGUCGUGGAAGUAUAAAAGGCGAAAACUGCACACCAAAAUCAUGCUCUCAUAUGUUUCAUAUUAAUUGCUUAGAGGAUUGGGCUAGUGAUUUUGACUGUUCUUCGGGAUUCGCCUGUCCUGUCUCUGGUUGUUCCUUAUCCUUCAGUGAAAUACUAAUCCGCAAGACACCUGGUUCUGUAAAUUUCACAGUAACGUCCUUUAAAGAGAACCACCAAUGCCCGAUAUGUUGCGAAAGGAUUCGAAAGCCUGUUGCUACUCCGGAAUCAUGCAAUCAUGCGUUUUGCUACAUAUGUCUAAAAGAGUGGUCACGUGUACGGCAUGAAUGUCCUCUGGAUCGUGGCGUUUAUGAGCUUAUUUUAUUGUCUGAUUGGGUUGGGGGCCCCAUAAUAAAGCGGGUUAAUGCGCCACCUGUUAAACAGCAGCCUUCAGAAACACCACCAUUAGAAUUGGAUGUUAACUGUGAGGUAUGUCAUCGUCCAGAUGAUGAAGCACACUUGCUUUUAUGUGAUCACUGUGAUAGAGGGUAUCAUACUUACUGUCUCCCAACCCCACUCUCAUCCAUCCCAGAUGGCGACUGGUUUUGUCCAGAAUGUCUUCGACAGGGGGUUGUCCCGCCCGAAAUAAUUGCUACCGAUGUCGCGCCAGCAACAACUACUAAUAGACGUGUUCGAAGAAGUAUUCGGAGAAGGUUAAUUGAUUCUGAGGCAGAGGAGAGUGAGCACGAUGAAUUGAACACUUCCUUAGAUUCUAGUUCAGAAAACCUCCAUUUAACACGUGAGCUUAGUUUUGCUGCUCAGAGGAGGCUUGAAGAGCAGGCUACUAGACGUCAUCGUGGACGUCGGUUAUUACAGGAUUUAAUCGCUGAUCUAAGUGAACGAAUAACAUCAGAAGCCUCUGUUCGAGCGCGACGCCGUCGUAGUCAACGACAACGUGUUCAAAAUCAGCUUGCAUCAGAAUCUACUAGUUUAAGUCCAUCUGGUCCAGCGAACAGUCAGACGACAAUCUGUUUCGAAAUAUCAUCUUCGACAAGUCAACCUGUUAGUAUCCGGUUGGGCCGUCCUCCAAGUUAUUCGAACUCUCACCACAGAAGCCAGAUUCAUAAUAUUGUUCGGUCAGAAUGUAAUGGACAAGUAUCAGGUCAUGAUCAGUCAGAGCCAUCUCGUAAAAGACUGCGUAUACUAUCCAGCAGUGAUUCGGAUUCAGAUGAUCAGAAUGGAGUUAUACUUCGUAGCACAAAACUUACUGGUCACCGUUCUCGAUUGCUACGAUCUCCUAGUGAGUCAGAAGUGGAAGAGUUUCCUGUUUUAGCGGGCCCAUCAUCCUCGCACGAUUCCAAUGGAGUUCAGGAAGGCAAUACUGUCAUCCAAACAAGUACUACCAGUCUUAAUGGGGAUGUAUGCAGCAGUAGAACUUCGGAGUCUUCUCAUAUGGAUUUCAUUCAAGAUUCUACAUUUGAAGUCACUCAUAGUAAAUCUGAUUCAGAAAAUUCUAAUUUCGAUGAAACUUUUGUUCCUGCUGUGAAAAACCCACCGAAAAAGAGUAAAACAACGCGAAAAACCAAAAGACGCUUAUCUAAAAAAGCGAAAGGCAAACGUGUCAAGAAAAGGUCACUUAAAUCCAGAACAUUUAAGCGUUCGAGAAACAAAACAAUGCGUAAAAAAAUACGGAAACUCUCCUCGUCCCUAUCGUCUGUUAGCCCGAAACCAUCAACUUCUUCCCAACUUCGAGUUCGAAAUGGCUUGAUAGGAUCUAGUCUACCUAAAUUAUCAAUUUUGGGUAAAGAAUCACAAUGCGAUUUUAGACUUUUGGUCGAUGAAGAUGACGAUAAAGCAUCAAUCGUACCUUCUCUACCUAUCAUAACUGCUAGUUCCACUUCAAACAAUUCUAUUUCCCAACCGAAUCCUCGAUCAUCAACUUAUCUCAGUGACAUAGAAGCUGGACAGGCAUCAUUGUUCCGCUUUUCUACUCGUCAUAUGCAAGUAAAUCCGGAUCAUUCUAUGUCGCCUAUUCCGGUAGCCAAGGUCCCAUCACUUUCCACAAACAAGGUCAAUAUAGCGAACUCAGUAAACAAUAAAUUCCCCUCUCUGUCUACAGUUAACUCCAUCUCUUCUCCUUCUACAUCAGAUGGCGUAUCUUCUGUCUCCAAGCCUCUCAUAUCCUCAAAUUCAAAUACAAACUCUCAAGUAAAACAUUAUAACAAUACACCUGCAAAAUGUUCUGUUAUCAAUAAUCUUAUCCCAUCAACAUCUCACAGUUGUCCAAGUGAAGUUAAUCCUUCACAUUGUAAUUGGAGCUCUGAAUCUCUGCAAAGAGUAAAGUCUACCUUGAAACAUCAUUUAAAGGCAUAUGUCUCUUCUCACAGAAUAGACAAAGAAACUUGUCGUAAUAUUUUUCAACGUUCGUUGAGCAAGAUUAUCAACAAACCAUCUCAUAAGGUUACUGAUGAACGUAUUGCAAAGUUGGUUGAUGAUUAUGUUCAGUAUUGUUUGAGGCAUAGAACAUGA